UACGGUUCGCGGUCUAUACUGCAAUCAGUGGUAAAACCCUCGAUCACUUUCGCAUUGCCCUCCCCACCGUCACAGAUAGAAAGCUCGUCGGCAGCACAGUGGAGCUAGAUUUUCUUCGCUUCAUAUAUCCGUUGUAUCAGUUCUGUAAUUGACAAUGGCAAAAGAGGAAUCUGGUACUGGUGUUGUUCUUGAAGAGGGAACAUCAGAGCUAGGUAAUGGUAAUGUUGAGUCUUCUUCUUCAGUACAGAAAGAUGUCGAGGAGAAAGUUGAUGAGUUGACAACAGGGGAGCCAACAGAAGCUGCAAAGAAAAAGAAGAAGAAGAACAAAAGCAAGAAGAAAAAGGAACCACCACAACAAACUGAAACACCAUCUAUUCCUGUAGUUGAACUUUUUCCUUCUGCUGAGUUUCCUGAGGGUGAAAUUCAACAAUACAAAGAUGAUAACUUGUGGCGUACUACAUCUGAAGAAAAAAGGGAAUUGGAACGCCUGGAAAAACCAAUUUACAAUUCAAUUCGACAAGCAGCAGAAGUUCACCGUCAGGUACGAAAAUAUGUUAGACAAAUUUUGAAGCCUGGAAUGUUGAUGAUUGACAUAUGUGAGACCUUGGAGAACACAGUUCGCAAAUUGAUAUCAGAAAAUGGACUUCAAGCUGGCAUUGCAUUCCCCACUGGGUGUUCACUGAAUUGGGUUGCAGCCCAUUGGACUCCAAAUUCUGGAGACAAAACUGUGCUUCAGUAUGAUGAUGUCAUGAAAUUGGAUUUUGGGACACACAUCGAUGGUCGCAUAGUAGACUGUGCAUUUACUGUGGCUUUCAAUCCCAUGUUUGAUCCACUGCUUGAAGCCUCACGUGAAGCCACCUAUACAGGAAUCAAGGAAGCGGGUAUUGAUGUUCGCCUUUGUGAUGUUGGUGCUGCUAUCCAGGAGGUCAUGGAGUCCUAUGAGGUUGAAAUUAAUGGGAAAGUCUUCCAAGUUAAAAGUGUCCGGAAUUUGAAUGGGCAUAGCAUUGGGCAAUAUCAAAUUCAUGCUGGUAAAUCUGUCCCAAUUGUGAAAGGAGGAGAACAAACUAAGAUGGAAGAGGGUGAAUUUUAUGCCAUUGAGACUUUCGGGUCAACAGGGAAGGGAUAUGUUAGAGAAGAUCUAGAGUGCAGUCAUUAUAUGAAGAAUUUUGAUGUUGGGCACAUUCCACUGCGGUUGCCAAGAGCGAAGCAGUUACUAGCAACAAUAAACAAGAACUUCUCCACCCUUGCUUUCUGUAGACGUUAUCUGGACCGUCUUGGUGAAACAAAGUAUCUGAUGGCACUAAAGAAUUUGUGUGAUGCUGGUAUUGUUCAGCCAUACCCUCCUCUAUGUGAUAUUAAGGGCAGCUAUGUAUCCCAGUUUGAGCACACCAUUUUACUUCGUCCGACUUGCAAAGAGGUGGUAUCAAGAGGUGAUGACUAUUGAUUUUGAGAAUUGUAAAACUCUGUUUUAUUCAACCUGUUUCUGGUUUGUGUAACUUGAGAUUUGAUUUGAUGAUGAAGAGAACAGUUGUGGAUUGCUUGCACUUAUUCCUUCGGCAUAUCAUUAUUUAGUGUUGUGCAAUUGCAGGACUCACUCUAAGUCUAUGAGAUGGAAAGAGAACAUACUCCAUAACUUUUCCUUUUGGAUUCUAAUUUUGUAACUCAAUUUGACGAUUAGAAGCAAAUAAUUAAACAGAGAUGGCUACUUAUCUU